AAAAGCUGAAGACAACUGAAAUCAAUCAUUCAAAAUUGUGCUGCCUGUUGGUUGAUUGAAGAAAAUUCAUCUGAUAAAUUAUAAUUAUCUGUCACUGGGAUUUAACAAAAUGCUGAUCACGUUUCUUCUAUUCACACUCUUCACCGUUGGGCGCAGUCAGUUAUGGGACUCGGACUACAACCUGGACAUACCGAUUUAUAAUACUAAUGACAAUAUUUCAACGAACUCAGUACAAUACUAUGGCAUGAAUUACGUUUUUGAUCAAAUAGAAGAAUUAGGACAAGGUUGUAACCGAUUUGUAGAUUUGAGUCAACCAGAGGAAAGUCUUGAACAAAUAAAAAAUAACACUGCAAGAAUUGUUCAUGAACUAGAAGCAGAAUCGACUAAGCUGACAGAAAUGAGAUUGAAUACUAAAAAGAAUUUCGAUAAACAAAAAUACAAUGUAAGAAACAUAAGAUUCUUUAUAGACAAUGCAAAAAGGACAUUGUUUUAUCUUCACGUACUAGUUGACGUGGGAUUAGAACAAAUAAAGAAAAACCCACCGAAAAGUAUUAGUGAAAUGAAGAUAAGUAUUUCGGAUCUAGAAAGUAGACUGAAUAGGUUACCAUUGAAUAUGAAUGAAGUGAUGGCAAAUGUAUCAGAAUUACGCAAAAUCAGGGAGAAUGCGCCAACAAAUAUUAAUCAAUUGCACGAACAAAUAAGACCACUAGAAACUCUAGAAAAUGAUGCUUUGAAGAAUAUUUGUAAACUGAUGAAAGAAGCCUAUAAACUAGUAGAAAUUCAGACUAAUAUUACAAAAGAUUUGAGCGAAAUGAACACAAGUGUUUUGAAAUUGUGGGAAAUAGCACAUGAUGCAGAUAUUAAUGCUGAAGAAUUGAGAAGUAUGAUUUGGAUGUUGGAAAUGACGCACCAAUAUUCAUCAAUAGAUAUUGAUAGGGUAAUGAGAAAUGCCUUGAUGUUUGGAAAAACAAAAAAAGAUGCAGAAAAGAUUAUUGCUGAAUUUAAGAAAAAAGUGUCAAAUUCAGAAAGAGUCUAAAAGAACUUCAAAAAACGAUUGUAGCCAAACAGUUUGAGCUAAGAUUUUCGUAACAUAAUAAUCAUCAUCUUUAAAUGACUAAAUGUAAAAUAUUGUAAAAGAUAAAAAAAUAAAAUCUUGAAGAAAUAUAUCAAUUAACAAUA